GAUUGACGCUGAGGCCCAACCAGGGAGAGGCGGGGCCAAGGCCAGGGCCUGACUAAACCUGGAGACUCCGCUGGCUGAGGGGGCUUCAUUUCAGCUGAGGACCGAAGAGCUGCUGGCGGCCGUGGAUCUUACAGCCGCUCGGGGUUUUUAGAACUUCAGCUAUAAAAAUGGGCAGGAUUUUCCUUGAUCAUAUUGGUGGUACCCGUCUGUUUUCCUGUGCAAACUGCGAUACGAUCCUGACCAACCGCUCAGAACUCAUCUCCACUCGAUUCACAGGCGCCACUGGCAGAGCAUUUCUUUUUAACAAGGUAGUUAACCUGCAGUACAGUGAAGUUCAAGACCGGGUCAUGCUCACUGGCCGCCACAUGGUUCGAGAUGUGAGCUGCAAAAACUGCAAUAGCAAACUGGGAUGGAUCUAUGAGUUUGCCACUGAAGACAGCCAGCGUUAUAAGGAAGGCCGUGUGAUCCUAGAACGUGCGCUAGUUCGAGAAAGUGAGGGCUUUGAGGAGCAUGUACCAUCUGAUAACUCUUGAAGAAAAAGAGAUAAAUCCAUCUUUUUCCCAGGUCUUCUUCACUGAAAACAAAAAUCUACUUACAUACACUGUCACCUUAGCAUCAGAGUCGGAUUCAUGAACUGUGGAACAAGAGGUUGUGAGAAUCUAUGAUGGAACCUUUCUUUCCUUCUUUCUUUUUUUUUUUUUUAAUUUUCUAUUUUCCAUCCAACAGCAGUGUGUAGAGAGAAUAUUAUGCGGAUGCCGUUAAUUUUUUCCCCCCUAUGUUUACAUCUUGAGGCAGAAUAGUCUAUCUGCAGCUACAUGGUGGGCUAUGUGAGGAAAAAUAUCUGGACCAUUAGAGUGAAAAAGUGUUUUAUGUAAAUUUUGAAAGGAAAAUGUGUCAAGAGCAUGGUUCUUAAAUUUAUUUGGGCUUCAUUUUAAAACUUUUUUUUAAACCCAGUUAUUUCACUUGAUUUGCUAGCUUCAGAGAAGAGAUCCGAAUUUGUGACCAGCGCUAAAGGUUCAGUGUUAGUAUGGCUUGUGCUGGCCAUUGUGCCAUAUUCUUGUUGGAGAUGAACCGUAGCAUCAGAGCCCAUUCUUCCUUGUCAGUCUUGACCCAAAGAUGUCACCAUUCCUAGUUACUUGUCACCACAUAAUUGGUGUUGAUUGGAAACUUUUCCUGAUAUGGGGCAGAACUGCUUGGUUGUCUUUUCCAUGUAACUUAAGCAUAGUAAUAUAAAUAAAGUAAUAGUUGGAUGUUUUUGGUCCUGUGUUGCUUUUAAAAUCACCUUUUAAAAGAGCAGAGUAUUUGUUAAGUAAUUUUCAUAGUAGUGUUUCUUUUCAUCUCUUAAGCUAAAUUGUGUAUAAGAUUCUACUUUGUUUAAAUUAAAGCAUACUGUUUAAAUCCACAGUAUUGCAUUUAGAAAACAGUUGAACAGAAUGUCAGUGUGCAUUCAUGCAGAAAGCAUUUCAUCUGCAUCUGUUUUAAAAGGAGGGAAGUGAAGCAGCCUAUCUAAAACUACUGCUUUGCAAAGUGUUUCAACCUAUCCUCCUCAGUUUUGCAUUGAUUUUGACAAGUCUGUGGAGCCUGAUAGUUACAUCAAAGGACUAGAUCUUCUAGCAUUAUUUUCUCAGAUCUUCCCUCAGAAGUUUAGCUGUUGAAAUUGAAAUUCUACUUGGCCCCUUCAAAUAGAAAGGGAUCAAAUUUGACUCAGGGGGUUAUUUUAGCCCAAAAUUUACAACAUUAUGAAGUAUUAAAAUGUAAAUGUUUCUCUAUCCAAACUAUUUCUAGGUAUUCGAGUAUUUCUGGUGGAAUAAAUGGCGUUAAAAUUGGCUAAAUGAAUGAAUGGAUGUUUGCUCAAUUUCUAGGUCUUUGUCUAGAGAUGAAAUUUGCCUCAAAUUAGUUAGCAAAAUCUUUCUGUUAUUGAUACUAGAUGUGAUUUCUGAGUACAGUUAGGAUUAAGUUUCUCUUAUUUGCCUUUGGGCUCUUGGUUAGAGGCAUAGGCCUCUGAUUUGGUAGGUGUAUAAUAUUGCAUUUGAGAUAUGUGGACACAAAUUCUUCUCUUUCCUUCACCAUGGACUAAAUCUUCAUGCAUUAAGACACAACACUGAUUCCCAUUCAUUUCCAUACCAGCCUUUGAUUAUAUGCACAUUCCUAGUAGCAUGCCUUACCUAUAUAGCACUAUGUGCAUUUGCUGUCACAAUAAAGUAUAUUUUGUCUUGCAUUGGUGCAAAACUGCUACUUAUUUUCCACUAUCCUUGUCUAGUAAUCAUCUUAGUUUUUAUCUAUGAACACAUACAUCUUACCUUUGAGUAGCUAUAGCUUUUUCAGUUGGCAGUGAUAAAGUGACAUUCUGGUUUAGGUAACUCUACCUAAUUUCCACAUGGAGAUACUGAAUUUACAAAUAUUAACUUCUCUGAGAUGACUUUUGCCUCAGACACUGACACCUAUAAUUCAGUAUAUAUGAACAAAUAAAAUGUCAUAGCACUAGGUUAACUUUUAGGUGGCUGCACCAGGUACCAUAGCAGCAAGUUCCUCUACACCCUUCCUUUUAAAAACUUCCAUUUGCAAAAAAAAAAAACAAAUAGCAAUAUGGAGGAUCCAGUCAGAUUGGAUUGUUUACAGAAAAGCAAACACACUGUGCACUUGAGAUGGGAAACCACUAGUGGGAAUGAUUUUGCUGUGGGAAGGAAAAGUUAACCAAAUACAGGUGAAUAUACUGUAUAAUGAGUGGCUUACUGAAAUGUGUACAGAGACUGUCCUAAAGUGAAUAUUCUGAGUUAAAUAUCUGUUAGUAAUUAUGUAAUGAUUUAAGUUACAAUUGUGAGUGGCUACUUUGGGAUUGGAAGAGAAAAAUAGCAAUACCAUAACUGUUUUCUAUUUUCAGUUUUCAGUACCUAUUCAUAAAAGUCAUAUAUGGGGUGUUUAAAUGUAGAGUCUGGGCCCUAGCCCAGGCCUAAAUCAGUCCACAGGUAAUUUUUUUUUUUUUUUUUUUUUGCGGUACGCGGGCCUCUCACUGUUGUGGCCUCUCCCGUUGCGGAGUACAGGCUCCAGACGCGCAGGCUCGGCAGCCAUGGCUCACGGGCCUAGCCGCUCCGCGGCAUGUGGGAUCUUCCCGGACUGGGGCUUGAACCCGUGACCCCUGCAUCGGCAGGCGGACCCUCAACCUCUGCGCCACCAGGGAAGCCCCACAGAAGCAAAUGUAAAUCAGCAUUUUCAGGGCACAUGGAGAAAAGAAGGAACACCAGCUCACCUCCAACAGACAUGCCAAGUAGAGGACUUCCGUAACAGUGAAAGGCAGGGGCCAAGGCUCAGAGCCUUUGCACAAGAAACGGCCCAGGAGCCCAAAUGGACUAAGAAGACACCAGGUUCCAACUUGUUUGGGGAAGCCCCCAGUUGACAAGAAGUGUGGUUCCGUAGUUAUUGUCACAAACCAUCCCAAAGCUGAUCUUCUCCAUCCUGGAUGUUGCACUGGGACCCUCACCCUCGCCAGAUCUCAGUCCCAGCAGUGAGAGAAACUCCAGUCCCUGCGAAGAUCUGUGGUUAGAUGACUGAACCCGCUCUCGCCCAGUGAGUUGCUUUCCCUCUCUAGAUAUGCCACAUUGUUAUUGUACAAGAGCAUAUGUUGUAAUAUUUGAUAGAGUUAAUCAUGUUCAUUCCUUUCGUUUUCAGAAUUUUCCUGUUGCACAGCAGGCACUCAACAAAUCAAAAAAAUUAUUUUAUA